GAGUUCGAGUUAGUCACGUACUCGACGCGCCCGACUCUCGUUCGGGGAAAUUCCGAAAUUCGAACUUCGAAUUCUUUUGUUUCGAAUCCCGAAAAUGAUCGAGUGUGUUUAAAAUAUACUGUCCAAUAUUUUUAUUGAAUUUGUGAAGGAUUUUUUUGUGUUUUAUGUACACUAGAGAUCAUGCCCUAAAAUCAAUCUCAACAAAUGAGACAAAAUAAUUGUUCUGUACAUCAUGAGACAAAGAUAUAAGCCGACAUGGCGGCAAAAUUCAAACGAUUCGAAAAUGGAAUGCCGAAUAUAGUGCGCGCGCGCGGGGAUGAUUCGAAAUUCGAAAAUAGAACGUCCGUCGAGGCGGGUUCGCGCCGGAAACAGCAAUGGCGUCGACCGGAUGUCGGGAUUUGGUUACUGUCUCUCGCCGCCCUUUUUGUAUGUGUUAAUGCUUACCAGGAACAACGUUUCGCGAUGGAACCCCAAGAUCAGAGCGCAAUAGUCGGGUCGAGGGUGACACUGCCUUGUCGAGUGGAGAACAAAAUAGGCACGCUGCAGUGGACGAAAGACGACUUUGGUUUGGGCACACAGCGCAACUUGAGCGGUUACGAGAGAUACUCCAUGAUUGGAAGCGAUGAAGAAGGUGAUUAUUCUCUAGACAUCAGAGACGUGACUUUAGAUGACGACGGCAAAUAUCAGUGCCAAGUUAGCUCGGGCCUCAACGGCGAGCCGGCAAUUCGAUCUCGCUACGCCCAGCUCACGGUGUUGAUCGCUCCCGAUCCCCCUCGGAUCGUACAAGGGGCUUUCAUUGACGCCACAGAGGACCAACCUGUGGAUAUCGAGUGCGUUUCCGAAGGUGGAAAACCGGCGGCUGAAAUUACGUGGGUAGACGGAAAUCAAGUUGUUAUAAAGAAGAAUGUUCAGAAUAAAGUUGAACUGAUGCCUGACGAACAGAGAUUCAAAACGAGGUCAGUGUUGCGGUUACUACCUAAUAAGGUACACCACAAUCAGACAAUCACUUGUCAAGCACAGAACACUGCUGACAGAGCGUACAGAAUGGCUUCUGUGCAUAUCGAGGUGAAAUAUGCACCAAAAGUGACAGUCACACUUAAGUCAGAGACAGUAAAAGGAAGGAUACCCGAGGGAAGUGAAGCUAGGGUCGGUUGUUCUGUGGAUGCAAACCCACCUGCCCAGGUGUACCAAUGGUAUAUCAACAAUAACCCAGUCAUAGGAGACUAUACUGAUGAAAUGAUAAUCUUCAACGUAUCUCGUAAACAUAACAAAGCUGUGGUGAAAUGUGAAGUCAGUAAUGCUGUGGGUCAGAAUGAGGGAACUUUUAACUUAGAUGUUACAUACCCCCCGUCUUUUAGAAGUCGACCAAAGAACAUCGAAGCUGAGGUAGGCGCGCGGGUGACACUUAACUGCGAUGUUGACGGCCAGCCCGAGCCGGAGAUCAGGUGGCUAUUCCACGAACCAGGCAGGAUCGGGCAGGUUAAAGGGAAAGCUCCAAACUUGAAGGUGACAGUGAACAACGAGACUGCAGGCAGUUACAUCUGUAAAGCUACGGUCGAUGGGUACCCAGAAAUAGAGAGCGAAGCGACUAUCUUUAUAAAGAGUAUACCGAAAAUAUUAUCGAACAGAACACAGUUUGGUUCAGAAGGUGAGAUGGUCAGAGUGGAAUGCGCCGCGUUCUCAGUGCCUAAACCUGAUGAUAUCAGAUGGUACUUCGAAGGUCGAGAGAUCAGUGUUAUACAAGACCCAGAUUACGCGACCUUAGAAGAGACGUUACCAGACGGUGUAAUUAAAUCUAGUCUAGUUAUCCGAGCGAGCCAGUCUAAACAUUACGGACUCUACAACUGCAGUGUUACCAAUGAAUAUGGGAAUGCGAACGCGGCUAUUGCUUUAAAGCCUUUAAAAACACUACCGCUGUUUAUAAUACUUAUCGGAGUGACAUCUGGCAUUAUAAUCUUCUCUGCUUUCGUCAUUCUUCUCGUGAUAUGCCAUAGAAGAAGAAGAAAGAAGAGUCAACAAAUAAACGAGAAGCCAGAUGUAACAGUUACCACGGGAGAUAUGUAUAAGGAGAGUGACAGAAGUUCUAAUAUCAGCGAUUUGAAAUUACAAAUUGGUCAGAACGAUGGCAGUUAUGAAUUGGACUACACGAGUUCAGAUCGUUCUGAGAUAAAGAACCCAUCAGGGCUCCCUCUUGCCGGCCCCGUGGUAAUGCCAAACAUACGACAUGAUGAUCCACUAAUGCAGUAUGGGUAUAGUAACGAUUACUCCGAUCCAACGUAUAGUGAUCCAUAUUUUAAGAACCCCGCGGGCUAUGUGUACGACUACCCUCAGGGUUACAUACCGCCUCCACAUUUAAGAGUCCAGUCGCCUACACAAUUGGAGGUACCUAAUAGAUCACUGCAAGGUUCAUUGACUCGCAGCAUCGACACAGCGUCAACUCUACCAUUGUCAGCUGGCAAUGGUUCGCAAAGUAACUCAUUGCAACGAACGAGCAAACCGUCCGACGAAACCGAUGCGAUUAAUAAUCUAGGGCUGCCUAUGGGCGGAGAGAACCCGCCUACGCCGAUUUAUGCUCAGCCGAAUACUAAAAGCAAUACAGGCAUCGACUUAAGAUAUGCCGCAACUUACGGUAACCCGUAUCUUAGGAAUAGUUCUGUGGGGUACGGCAGUCAAGUGCAUACAGCGAAGCCUGCAGCAACGCCUGCGCCUCCACCGUAUUCGGCUGUCAGAAGCUCUGUCGCCAUGCCUUCAGGUACAUAACCGACACCACAUUAUAGAUAAUCAGUCUUCGCAAGGAACGAAUGUAUAGCGAAGGCUUUUACGCCUUGUUUAGGUGAUGGACAUUUGAUACCAUAGACAUCUAUGUGCAAAUAGAUGUAACUGUAAAAUAAUAUGUUCCUAAAUAGACUUAUUGCAAAUGGACUGAAUUGUAUGUAAAUAAAAAAAUAGUGAAAUUAUAGUCUAGAAUCUAAAAUGUACAGUUUUUUAUAUAUUAAAUAAAAUCUGGUCUCUUGACAACUUUGACAUUGUGUAUUUCAAAAUGGCGAUUAU